GCAAGGAUCCUGACAGAUGCAUAUUCAGUACAGCCUGACUUCUUGAGGAGAACAAGUAUUUCCCUGAAAGUCUGUCCCCUCAAAGCAGCACACAGGACAAGCUUGGAUACAUGGGACACGCAGACAAUUAAACUCUGGAAGAGACGCUGUGCUUCAAGUCCCAAGAUUAGUAAAGGAGGAAUUGGACAAAGGACCCUGAAGACCAUGGAGGGAGACUGUCUGAGCUGCAUGAAAUACCUGAUGUUUCUUUUCAAUUUCUUUAUAUUUCUGGGAGGAGCAUGCCUGCUGGGACUCGGAAUCUGGGUCAUUGUGGAUCCCACAGGUUUUCGAGAGAUAGUGGCUGCCAACCCCCUGCUCUUCACGGGAGCGUACAUCAUGCUGGCCAUGGGAGCAAUGCUCUUCCUGCUGGGCUUCCUGGGCUGCUGUGGUGCCAUCCGUGAGAACAAAUGCCUCCUGCUCUUUUUCUUCAUGUUUAUUUUGUUAAUCUUCCUGGCGGAGCUUUCAGCUGCAAUCCUGGCUUUUAUAUUCAGAGAAAAUCUGACCAGAGAGUUCUUCACCAAGGAGCUGAAGAAGCACUACCAGAGGAACAACGACACAGAUGUCUUCUCUUCCACCUGGAACUCUGUUAUGAUCACAUUUGCCUGCUGUGGAGUGAACGGACCAGAAGAUUUUGAAGAUAUUCGUCACCUUCCAUAUUCUUCUUUGGAAAAGGCAACACCGGAGGCUUGCUGCCAGCGAGAGCUCCAGAGCCGGGAGGGGAUGUUUGUCAACAAGGAAGCUUGUCUAGAAGGCAUUGAGAGGUUUCAGAACCGGCAGGGCUGCUACACCGUGAUCCUGAACUCCUUUGAGACGUAUGUGUACCUGGCAGGAGCUCUUGCCAUCGGAGUGCUGGCUAUUGAGCUGUUUGCCAUGAUCUUCGCUAUGUGUCUGUUUCGAGGGAUCCAGUAAGAAGUGGCCCAUGAACCACCACGUUCCCCACAUGCUCAGAAGAAAGAAGGAAAAUCUGAAGAAACAAAACCUGAAAACGCCAAAAAAAAACUUUAUUUUUUCUUAACAAAAUGGGACAGGGAGAAAAAAAUAAAAAGAAAAAAAGAGGGUUGUAAUAUAUGAAUGACCAAAAGGAUUGUACUUCAGGGGCUGGAACUUUGAGGUGAUGUGCACUACACUGUACACCGGACCCUUGCCCAGAGCCACCCGCAGCAACUGUGGAGCAGGAGCCGAGAGCCACCGAUUGCACUAGAGAUGGAUGGAGCUGGUGGGGGUGAGGGAGGAGCAGCACAGCUGCCUCUCACACCAGGCUGAGCCUACAUUCACCACUUCAUCGUGUUCUAGACAACAAAGGACCCAAGAACAGACAUGCAGGGGCUGCAUAAGGCAACAGGUUGGCUUGACUGUCCAGGUGGGUUUGAAACAAGCAGUGGUGGCUUGUCUAAGCAGGUGUAGUCAACAUUUGCAUGAUUCUGGCUUUAAUUCCCAGCCACAGGAUGAAAACACUCAUUCUUCAGUGGAAGCAUUGCCCCUAUCAUGUGAAACUUGUCAGAGAUGUCAAGCACUUCAGUGACACUGGCUUUUCUCUGGAACUCCAAGCAGGGGCAGCAUGAUUUAACUUAGCAAUUGGACUCAGCUAAGGCUGCCUGAGGGUCGAGAGUUUGGUGCCUACCUUUCUGUUUUUACUAAGAUUUAUUGUUCACUGUUGUGAAAGAGACCAAAUGGUUCCCUGCUAUGUUCCCAUCUCCUGGGGAAAAGAAUGGCUCUGGUCAAGCAUCAUUGAUACUGUUGCUUUCCUGAGAAGGGAGGAUAUACUGUUUAAAUCUUGUCAGCCUUUGCGUUUCCUCUGAUACUUGCAAAAAAAUGGUUUGUGGUGCUCUGUUAGCAUAAAUAUUUGCAGUGGUUCCUGCAUGCUUUUCCAGCCUUAAGGGGAGGUCCAGACAUGGUGCUGGAUUGAAGAGGCUGAAGUUUGUCAACCACUCCCAUGCUGUUUUCCUGGACUAGUCUGGUGGAAUCAUUUCUGUUCAGAGAAUUUCCCCUGAGAUUCUCCCAUCGGCUCAUGAUGAAAGUAAUCCAGUCAGAAUUGUUUUAGUUGAUAGUGUUUCCUCCCUUGAGAUAGUUUGGUAUUUAAUUAACACGUCACCUGCUCAAUCAUUUGGAAGUGAACCUGAGAAAGAUGGCUGGGACUGGACCUUGGUCAGAGAUUAAGCUCUAGUACGGAGACCCCAGGCAGGAUCCAAGAACAUCCUGUGUGCAGCCACACUGCUCCAGCUGCUGCUAUGGUCAUGGAUAUUGACUUGGACAGGAGCUGGUGUCAGUGACUGUUCUGGGACAGCAAUUCCCAGGGAAGAAACAAAACUGUCAGCAGAGUCGGUAAUUUGGCUGGAGGUGAUCGAAAGAAGCAGAACUGCCUCCCCCAGUCUCCAGUUUUUCCUUUCCCUUCAGUUUAUUAUGGAGAGUUCUCAGGUCAGAGCCUGGCUGGCAAAUAUCCUUAAUUGUGCAUGGUGGGUGGCUGAAGGGGAAAAAAGCCUUAAAGCCUUUUCUGCCACCAGUGGCAUGGAGAAAAAAACCUGUUAGAGCUGGGGGAACCAGACCAAAGCAGCCAGAGCACUAAGUACUAAAUAUACAUGCCUGAAGUAUGAUCUUGGCUGGCUUGUUUCUCUUUGGCUUUCCUAAUUCUGUACUCAUUGCUUUGUCUGUUUUUAGCUUUCUUGCUUUCCCUCUCUCCCUAAUGGUAGUCCCCUGUAUCUUCAAAAGGAUCUCUUCUUCAUCUGUUAUUCUGGGCUGUGCACAGCUGUUCCUCCUCUUCUACCUUUUCUGAUCCCCCACUGCUCUUUGCUGUGUGACGACUUCAAAUCCUCUCUACAGGAUGGCUCAUGUGCCACUGGGAACACAGCAUAAAAGGCCAAGCAGCAAUUCCAAACAAGAACUGGAUAUAGCUCUAAAGAUAUGUGCAAGUCUGAGGGGAUCUUUAGCAGUUGGUAACAUGCAGAAGGAAUUUCCUUGGGGGAAUUUAAUGAACAAGCAAGCCCAGAAAGCAGACUCCCACUGUAUGGCAAAGCAUGUAAAUUUGUUGGUUUAGUCCCUUGGUUUCGUGGCUGUCCCCUCUGUGGUACAGUAGUUUUCAGAACUGUAGGCAGGAGAAGCAGUUGUAUUUUUGUAUUUGUUUUUAACAGCUCUGGUGAGUAUUUUGGGGGCAGAGGGUCAAGUUGAAGUCACUGCUGGCUGGAGAACUCUGGGCAGGCUGGAGAGCAGAAGGAGUUGCCGUCUCCUUUGCUGUAGCACUGUGACCAUGGCCCAAGCACCUUGGAGGGAGUAGUAGAGACCAGCCUGGGCCAGCCCCCAGCCCCUCUCAGCAUCUCUGCCUCCUGGUUGCUAUUUAAUGCUCCAAUGACUGUCACAAAUGCCUGGGAAAAGGGCUGCGUGUGAAAUAAUGUUUGAAAUAUAUUUUAAAAAAAUGUAAAUGUUCUUUUUAUUAGAUAGUGGAGCUAAUUUAUCCUGUAUUCCCUACUGUAAUGCUUUUUUAUAUUGAAAGGAAAUUUUUUUUGGUAAUAUAAACCAGAACACAAGCCUGAAGCACUCUCUGCACGGUUUUUGUGUGCAUUUCUUAAAAAAAACCCAAAAAAUAAAAGAAAGAUAUUGUGA